AUUCAGCAGGAUUUUUAUCUCUGAAGGCUUAAGCUUGUGUGAAAACAAGGGUGUCGGAGAGGAAUCUGGAAUGAGAACACUUCGCAGCAGCUUUUUUCUUUCUAUUUCAAUAACAGAAAAUCCAACUGGUUGAUUAAACUGCUGUGCUGUGUGUGAUGGAGUGAUUAUCAGGGUGGUAAGGUAGACACACAUCCUGAGAUUUAAUUAAUUGUUACAACAAGGAUCCUGUAUGUUUACAGACCAUUUGCCAAUGAACAUAAUUUACUAAAUGAGGGGUACUGUCUACCCGGCAGGUGGCUUGGGCACAGGCGGAGAUUGAUUGAAGUGAUCUGUGUGAAUCCUAUUAAUGCAUCCUGGACUCUGGCCAAGGCAGAAGCAAUGGAGGGGAACACCGCUGUCUAGCAGCCCUAUCUGAUCUGCACCCACACUGGACAAACCGAACACCCUCUGCACCCCCUCUUCCGCAACACUCCUCUCGCCCAGGCAAGGAUGGUACCUCCACCCCCCACCAACAAGCCCCAUGUGUGCCUGUCCACCAUCCUGAUCAUGAGCAGCAUGGCCUUGAUUGAUGCCUACCUGGUGGAGCAGAACCACGGGCCACGAAAGAUUGGCAUCUGCAUCAUGGUGAUGGUAGGUGACAUCUGCUUCCUGAUCGUCCUGCGGUACGUAGCGGUGUGGGUGGGUGCCGAGGUACGGACAGCUAAGCGGGGCUACGCCAUGAUCCUCUGGUUCCUGUACAUCUUUGUGCUGGAGAUCAAGGUCUACUUUGUGUAUCAAAACUACAAGGCGGACAGGAAGAGCCUGGACGCUCUUGCGAGGAAAGCGUUGACUCUGCUGCUGUCAAUUUGCAUCCCGGUGCUGUUUGUGGUUCUAGUUGCUAUCGACCACAUGGAGUAUGUUCGCGCCUUCAAGAAGCGCGAGGAGAUCCGUAAUCGUCUCUUCUGGGUUGUGGUGGACUUGCUGGACAUACUGGACAUCCAGGCUAACCUGUGGGAACCCCAAAAGAAGGGGCUUCCAUUGUGGGCCGAGGGCCUGAUGUUCUUCUACUGCUACAUACUGCUGCUCGUGCUGCCCUGCGUGUCCUUGAGCGAGAUCAGCAUGCAGGGCAUCAACAUCGUGCCCCACAAGAUGCUCCUGUACCCCAUCCUGAGUCUGGUGACUGUCAACGUCAUCACCCUCUUCAUCCGCGGGGGGAACAUGAUUCUGUACAGGGACGCCAGGGUAUCCGGGAUCCUGAUGGGUAAGAACAUCCUGGCCAUCAUCCUAAAGACCUGCAGCUUUGUGCAGUACAGGAGACAGUUGCAGAACGCUUCUCCUGCCUUCGGGGUGGCGCUGCAGAAAAACUCAGUGGCCCACGCUCGCCCUGCCCCCCCCCCCUCCUCAAGUGAUCAUGCAGGACCAGAUGCCCCUCCCCGAGGUGACGACUUGUGAGCACACAUGACCCACAGGAGGCUGGGAGGGCACAACGUUCCAAACCUUUCGGGCAAGUGAACACGCAUUGAUGCUUGACGGCACACAGGACACCGCAGCGAGGACAGAGCAGUGCUUUACCCAAAAGCUGUCAUGGUGUAAAACUCAGCAUCACAUGUGACUUUGCAGUUCCUCCAAUGAAUUCAGUUAACUGUAUUUUUUCUAACUGUACAAAAGAUUUAAAAAAAAGAAAACUACUGCGAGAUUAGAAGAUAUAUUUUUGAAUUGUGUGUGUUGCAUUCUUAUCUUAAAGUUAAGGGUCUGUGUGCUGUGGUGUGUGUAUUUCUGUUGCUCGAAUGUCCUUAGUAGUCGAGGGCUUAACACGAUAAGCAACUAAUGGGAGAAUCAGAAAAAAACUGUUAAAGCGUUCUCUUGAAGGAAGUGUGUUUUCUAUAUGUGAUUCUUUGAUAUAAAGUAUUGUGUACAA